UAAAUAGGUCUGUGAUGGAUUCGGACCAAAGUGAUAUCGACAAUGACGUUCCAGACACUGGAGCAGCUUUCACUUUUGGAAAGUCUAAGAACCAACAUGAGUUGAUCCCUGAGAAAUACUUUUUCAAGAUGGACUCAAUCAAACAGGUGUGUUGCGGGGACAGACACACGGCAAUCUUGACGCACCAUGGCAAACUGUACACGUUCGGAUCUAACGAUUGGGGGCAGUUGGGCCAUGGACACAAUAAUCCAAUGCCACAGCCCAAAAAAAUUAAAGCCCUUAGAAGUCAGCCCGUUGAUUUAGUGGCAUGCGGAAGAUGUCACACAUUAGUAUACACAGCGUCUGGUAAGCUUUACAGCUGUGGAAUGAAUACUGGAGGUCAGCUGGGGAUUGGGAGGGUGUCGAAUGAGAUGACAGACUACAAGUUCCACCUAGUGUCCGCUCUCUCGUCUACAGUGGACAGUAGUAGCAAUAGAGUAGUUCAGCUGGACUGUGGGGCUGACCACUCGAUGGCACUGACUGCCAAAGGACAGGUGUAUGCUUGGGGUGAGAAUGAGCUGGGCCAAUUGGGUGUGGGCGACUGUGAGAUUAGAAGCAAGCCCACUCUUGUGUCCCUGGUCAGGGAGUCUGCCAAGGAGGUGUCAUGUGGAUACUAUCACUCUGCUGUAGUCACAAACAGUGGUAAACUGUGGAUGUUCGGAGAUGGGGAGAGUGGCCAGUUGGGGUUGAUCAAUCAGAGAAUACAGCACAAAGACACGCCUGAGUGUGUGCUGAAGAUGCCAGAGGCUGUCGAUUUGGUCAGCUGUGGUAGCACGCACACGGCCGCCAUAACCAAAUCUGGGAAGCUGUACACAUUCGGAACUGGCAAGAGUGGUCAACUUGGAUUGGGACCCAGGUGCAUGAGGAGUAACUUUCCCACGAUGGUAGAGAAUCUGAAACGUAGCAAGUGUGUCCAGGUCAAGUGCGGAGAAAAUCAUACAGCAGUGCUAAACGCAAAAGGCCAGUUGGUGAUGUUUGGUGACGGAAAGGAUGGUAAAUUGUGCCAGAUUGGCGAUGAAUCCGCCAAUGUUUUCAACCCUGUACCUGUGCUGCGCUUUAAGAAGUUCAAAGUACUCAGUUUUUCUCUUGGAGGAACUCACUCAGUAAUAGUUGCAGCCAAACGAGAGAAGACAUCCCCGAGUGGUUUCGUCGACAGUGACGAUGAAGGAGGUCUAGCUAGUGACACAGACGAUGAGAUGUCCAAGUUCGACUACCUCGGAGGAACUUCCAAAAUGAGAAUGGCAGCUGCGUCUUCAGUCGGGAAGUCAACCACCUUGCCAGCUCCUAUGUCUAAGAAAUUGACCAUGAGUAAACUGACUGCGAGAGACCGACACAGAGCAAAGAAGAUCGAGUCUGAGAAAGAGAAACUCUUUGCUCACACAAUGCCUGUACCUUGGACAGAAAAACUGGCCUCAUUGCCCGAUUUGACGUUCUCUGAUUUGCCAAGAAACUCCGUCUCAUCCGUGGAGCCAAAAGUCAGGACUAUUGGGCCAAAACCAAUAGAAGUUUCAGUCGAACAAGAAGAGGAAGUUAUAGUGGAUAGUCCUCGAGCCACGCGGAGGACUCUGUUCGCGUCAGCGCCAGACUUGUCGUCGCCCGAUGAAAAAGCGACAGAUGACAAAAGCGGCGAAGUUUCCGAUGAAGACUCAACUCAUUAUGGAGACACUUAUAGUGAAGGGAAUGAGGAUAAAAAAGACGAGAAACAAGAAAAGAAAGAUGACAAGAAGAAAGAAAAGAAAGAAGAAAAGGAGGAUGGGAAAAGUAAGACGAAAAAGAAAAAUCAGAAAGAGGAUGAGUCCAAGGAGGAUUCGGCUGAAGGCGAAGAGGAGGAUGAUGAGGCCGAAGAAGAAGAAAAAGGUGAAGGCAAAAAGAAAGGCAUAUUUGGUGGCAUAUUACGACGGAAAAAUAAAGAUGAAAGUAAAGACGAGGACAAGAAAGACGAAAAGAAAAGGAAAAUAUCCAAAGCUGAUUCGAAGCAAGAAGAUGACGAUGGCGAUAAAAAGGGCAAAGACAAAGAAAAGGAAAAGGAUAAGGAUAAAAGUGGGAAAAAAGAAAAGGACAAAGACAAGAAGGAUAAAAAAGACAAAGAAAAGGCCAAGGACGACAAAGAAGGGGACAAGGUGUCAUCUUGGACUGAAGGGGAUCUGGACCUGGCAGAGGAUUCAUGGGCGGAAGAUGAAGAUAAGGGAAAAGAUAAACAGAAGAAGAAAAAAGACGACAAGGACAAGAAAGACAAAAAGAAGAAAGACAAAGAUGAAAAGGAGGAUGAAGAUGAGGCUGAUUCUCAGUCCAAGAAGGACAAGGGCAAAGACACCGAUGAAUCGAAAGAGAAGAAGGAAAAAGAGAAGAAAGAGAAAGGGAAGAAAAACAAAAAGGAUGAGCAGGAGGUUGUGGAAGUGCUGCAGUUCUCAAAUGACGAAGACAGCGAAGAGGAGGAGGAAGAUGACGAUACUACUGAAGACAAAAAAGGCAAGAAAAAAGAUAAAUCGAAAGAGAAAGACAAAACCAAGGACAAGUCGAAAGAUAAGGAUAAAAAGAAGGACAAGGACAAGAAGCCGAAAAAGAAAGAGAACGAUGAAGACGAGGAAGAAGACGAAGAAGAUGGAAGCGAAGAUGAAAACGAGAAAGAGAAGUCAUCGAAAAAGGAUAAAGAAAAACCGAAGUCAAAAGAUAAAGAGAAAGACAAGAAAGCGAAGGAUAAGGAUAAAGACAAGGGCAAGAAGAAAGAUAAGGACAAAGAGAAGGAAAAAGAUGGUAAAAAGAGUAAAGAUAAAGACAAGAAAAAAGACGGAAAGAAGAAGGACUCGAAUGCUGAUGAUGAGGUUGAAGAGGUCCAGUCGGAAAUUGAAGACGAGGAGGAAAGUCUGAACGAAGAGAUCUCAGAAGACGAGAAAGAAAAAGGCGCGAAGGACAAGGAUAAAGAUAAAUCAAAGGAGAAAGAAAAGGACAAAAAAGGCAAGACGAAAGAAAACAAAGAAGAAUCGUCAAAAGAUAAAAAGGAGAAAGCGAAAGGAAAGGACGACGAAUCCCCAGAAGAAAACGAAAAACCGAAGAAACCUAAGAAGAGAGUCACAAUCAAAGACGACAAAUCUUCAAUCGAAGACACAAUCAACGAUGAACACUCGAAGAAAAGAGGAAUUUUGGGACUCCUCGGAAAAUAAAGAGAAAGAAGACGCGAUUUCAUCUGGUAUCAUCAGUAAUCUAGAACUUCGGCUUAGCGUGAGUUCUUGCUGCGACACUUCAUAUAAAGUGUCUGAAAUGCUAAAACAGUGCUAAAAACUAUCUGUCUAUCUUUUGCUGUGUAUUUCAAAUUGAAUUUCUAUAAUUUGAAUUUUACUGCAGACCCUGUUAAUGUACAUAAAUCAAAUUGUAAGUAUGUAUAGCUGUUAUCAAAUUUCUUUUAUAUAAUAAAUUUCU